AUGGAGGCGACACUGAAUCCUCUUACUGGAUUCUAUAAACCACAUACCGCUCUAAAGGGACUAUACUACGGUCCAGAUGCGGUCAAACAACAUCUUCUGUCUUGCCUGCCGUCCGAAAAGUCUAAGGCAUUCAUCAUCACUGGCAACUCUCUUGCGACGAAGACACCUCUGAUCAAGGAGCUAGAAUCUCUGCUAUCCUCAAAGCAUCACGCUGGCACCUUUUCAAACAUCAAAGAGCACGCCCCUAUUGCUCAGUUGGAUGAAGCCACCGACAAGGUGCACAGUGACGAGACGAUUGACACAAUAAUCGCUGUCGGCGGAGGGUCUCCCAUCGACUCGGCUAAAGCUAUCUCGCAUCGUCUGCACGAAAAGGGCGGCAACUUUCUGACGCUCAUAGAUAUACCUACCACACUUUCAGCUGCAGAGUGCACGUUCCUGGCCGGUUAUACGAAAGAGGAUGGCGUCAAGACAGGUAUUGCUCAUCCUAACGUCUACGCAUCUUACAUCUUCUACGAUCCUAAGUUUGGUUUGCACACACCACCAUCGCUGUUCGCCUCAACCGGCAUUCGAGCUCUGGACCAUGCCGUCGAGAUGCAGUACCAUCCUACGGCAACACUGAUGCCCGCUCAAUGGUCUGGCCUUAUGGCGAUUAAGGAGCUGUUUGAUCUUUUACCGAAAUACCAGGCCAACCCUAAGGAUGAGCAGCUCAUCACGCGCCUGUUCCUUGCUGCAUACUCCUCAUUAGGCUUUUUGGGCGGGAACAUCAAAGGAGGUCUUGGCCUGUCUCAUACCAUGGGCUACGCUCUCGGAAGUCCUUACGGCAUACCUCACGGCAUCACUUCGUGUCUCACGCUGGGCAAUGUCGUCAAGCUCAAGGCGCGGCUUAGUUCUGACGAUGCCGCCAGAGUCGCGAAUAUUCUUCCCUUCAUUGGCGGCACUCCGAGCGGUGAUGCUGCGAAAGACGCCGAAACGGUCGGGGACCGGAUAAACGGGCUCGUGAAGGAUUUGGGCUUCAAGACCACUCUGACAGAAAAGGGAGUCGGCAAGGACCAACUCGAUACCAUAGUCAAGCGGGCGUCCGGAGGUCUCAACCCAGAUCCAAACAAGAAAGCUGAUUCGAAGGAGGAAGCUCUUGCGCUGGAAGUUCGUAAGCUUGUCGAGGGUCUAUACUAG